GUCUCCUACGUGACGGCUAUGAACAUGUACGCCAGUGUGUUCUUCUUGACGGCCAUGAGGGCGAGGUACUGGUCCCUCGCCUCCGCGCUCAAGGGCAGACGGCGCGGCGCACGCACUGCUGCUCCGCCGCUGCAUCACCGUUUUCAUCUGGUUCGCGCCGUCUCCGCCGCUCUGCCGCACGCGGUUUUCUCCACGACCGUCACGGUUUCCAACGAGGACCUGUGCCUCGUCAAAUUCCCGACCAACGGGACCGCGCAGUUCUGGCUGGGACUCUAUCACUCCCAGAAAGUGCUGCUGGGCUUCGUGGUGCCCCUGGGCAUCAUCUCAGCCUGCUAUCUCCUCCUCCUGCGCUUCAUCACCUCCAAAAACAUCAACACCUCCAGCGCCAAACGACGCGCCAAGGUCACCAAGUCUGUCACCAUCGUGGUCUUGUCCUUUUUCCUCUGCUGGCUGCCAAACCAGGCGCUGACAGCCUGGGGCAUCCUCAUCAAACUCAACGUGGUUCAUUUCAGCUACGAGUACUACACCACGCAGGUGUACGUCUUUCCCGUGUCCGUGUGCCUGGCGCACUCCAACAGCUGCCUGAACCCCAUCCUGUACUGCCUGAUGAGGCGGGAGUUCAGGAAAGCGCUAAAAAAACUCUUCUGGCGGAUGACUUCGCCGACCCUGACCACCAUAAGGCCGAUCACGGCCACCACAAAGCCAGAACUGGACGAGCACGGGCAGGUCCUGGUCCCCAUCAGCGCGCCCGAGGAGCCCGCUGUGGUUUUUUAUCCUCCGGGGACAGUUAUGUACGAUGACAGGCGAGAUCUGCCGCAAAACAGCACUUAG